AUGUCGUCGACUUCAGACGUCGUUGAGCGUCUAUCAAAGUGGUCAAGCUGUGACAUCUCAGAUGGUCUGUCCAAGCUAGGCCGUGCCGAUGGCGGCUUCCUCGAGGGAUUGGUGCUUUACUCGCCAGAGUUUCAAGCAGGCAAGACGAAAAUAGUCGGCCCAGUGUUUACUGUCAAGUUUGCACCCAAGGGCGAUUCGUCUGCUUCCAAGGUCAAAGGCAACUACAUCGAUCAAAUCCCCAAAGACUCAGUUGUCUUCAUUUCACAGCCCCUUCCUCACGUGAACGCCUGCUAUGGUGGCCUCAUGUCUUUGAGGGCGCAGAUCCUUGGGGCGAAAGGUGUUGUAAUCGAUGGCCACCUGCGAGAUCUGCAAGAGCACAGAGAUUUGAGUUUCCCGCUAUUUGCCAGAGGAGUUGGCACAACCGCAGGCGGCGCUGUCUGCUUCCCCUCAGAAAUCAACGUUGACGUCAAACUUCAAUCUGCCAAACAGGAGGCAGUCAUUAGUCCUGGCGGGUAUAUCAUUGCUGACCUGGAUGGAGUAGUCUUUCUCCCCGGAGAACUGGCCGAGAAGGUUCUUGAGCUAGUUCCCGGACUGGCAGAUGCAGAUGAUAAGUGCGCCAAAGCAAUUCGCGAGGGCAUGUCUGUGCAGGAAGCAUUUGCGACGUUCAGAGGCAAAUAG